AUGAAUCAAGAUUAAAAUUAACAAUAAUCUCAAACAAAGAAAUAAAAAUCAAUUCCAUUUACUAAAAAACUUAAAAGAGCAAAGAGACAUUUCAUUAAAUUUUUAAAAAAUCCGAGUACAAUCUAAGCAUUUUAUUUUUGCAUAUAAGCAAUUAUUUAUUAUAUUGGUAUUGCAUCAUUAUUACUGCUUAUCUAUUAUUUCUUUUAUUAGAGGUAUUAAUUUAUAAAUUAAGAUAGUUUUGUAUAUUUCAUAAUAGUUCUAUCAAUAUUUUCUUUAUUUUAUGUGUCUUACUAAGGAGUGAACAUUAUUCAUUACAAAACAAUAGCUGCUAUUUAGAAUUUUUAAGGUUUCAAUGAUAUAAAUGAUGAAGCAUAAAAAGAAGAAUAGAAAGAUUCAAAAGGAUGGAAAUACUAUUGUUAAUUUUUUGGAAUAACAAUAGCAUCACUGUUACUGUUAGAUUUUCCAAUAUUGAAUUUUUAAAUUGUUAAAUAAGUAAAAUAAAUUGAUGAUUAAUUAAAAAUUGAAGAUGAACAAGAUUUAAAAAGAAGAAAAUAAGCAAGCAAAGCUUAAGAUAAAUCAAAAUAACCUGAUAUCAAUUAAUUAAAUAUAGAAUAUGGAACCAAAAUUAAUUCUUUAAAAAAUUAAAAAAAACAAAGAAUAUCGUUAAUUCCAUAUAAAUUUGGAUGUUCUGCAAUAUUUGGUUAUGUGCCAGUAGUUUUUAUAUUAGCUAUUUGGUAAAUUUGUAAUUAAUAAUAAAUUGAUGUUUUCGGUAAAUUUCAAAAUAUGAUUCUUACUUCAAGUUAUGCAUUUUUAGUGUGUGCCAGUAUAAUUUGUUUGUAUGAAAUUUAAUUUUUCGAUAAAACAGUCUCUAAUCUCUAUGAGUAAAAAUAUUUAUAUUAUCUAAUAGUGCUACUAAAUGGUUUUUAUGCAGAUUAGUUGAAUUAUUAUGUAAAUCAUUAUUAAUAGGAUAUUAUAUAAAGUUCAGCUUAUUUUAAACAACACCACUUUUAAUAAUUGGAUUAGGAUAUUUAUUUUAUAGUAUAUUUUGUACAUUUAUAUUUACAUUAUUUGAUUAUGAAAAAAAAUUAGAAGAAUCUUAAUUAUAAUCUGAAAGAUAAGAUUAAGAGUAAUAAGAAAUUAAUAAAUAAGAAAAUUUAGAAGUACCUAUAGAAAAAGGAUUGAUUUAUAUUAUGAAGUGUUAUCUUAAAUCAUUUUUCCUUAAUAUUUAUGCAAGAACUUUAUUUUUACCUUACAAAGAAAGUGCUUUAGGAAUGAAAACUCUAUCUUUCUUUUAAAUUACUUAUGGAAUUGAUAAAAAAAUGAUUAGGGAAGAAGUAGCUCCUGAAACUUGGAAAAAUAUAAUGGUCAGUUAUGAUUAAUUAAAGAAAUUUGGGCUACCAAGAAGAUCUUAUACUCAUAUUGUAUAAUCUUUAAGAUUUUUUGAAUUUUUCCAUUUGGCUCUAUUUUGCACAUGUCAAAACAUUAUAUAAGGAUAAUAUCUUGAAAUAGUAGAACCUAAAAAACUAUCAUUAUAUUAUUCAGGAAAGAUACUCACAGUUAUUAGCAUAAUUAUAUUAUUAUUUUAUUACAUAAGAGCUGGACAUAGAACCAUUUAUGAAAAAUAAUUAGAUAUCACAGGAAUAGAUGAAUGA